UUGACAUUCCAAUUUUCAUUAUAAAAAAGGAUUGAAAGAAGAGAGAAAAAUAAUCGUCACCAAAAUAAUAUUUAUGAUGCUACGAAGAUUAAGAUAAAACUUAAGUUUUUUAAAGAAAGACUUUUAAUUAUAUAGUCAUUGCCGUCGAGUGUUAUAGGUGUAAUACAAGACGAUAGAAAGUGUUUAUCUGUUUUUUUUUGUUUGCCACGUAAUUUCAUAAUAGUAUAACAUACGGAUGAACAUAUAAACUUUUAAAUAAUUAUAAUUCUAUGACUAGAUUUUUUUAAAUUAAUUAAAAAUGCCCAGUAAAAAGAAAAAAUAUAAUGCAAGAUUUCCUGCAGGGCGCAUUAAAAAAAUUAUGCAAACCGAUGAGGAUGUUGGAAAAGUUGCUCAAGCUGUGCCGAUCAUAAUUUCUCGUACUUUAGAGCUCUUUGUUCACUCACUUUUGACAAAAACGAUGCAAAUCACCAGUGCAAAGAGAGCUAGAACAUUGAGUCCCUUUCAUAUGAAGCAAUGUAUCUUAUCAGAAAGCCGAUUCGAUUUUCUUAAAGAUCUCGUGAAAGGAAUUCCUGAUGUUUCUGGAGUAUAUGAUGAAGUCCCGACACCGCCGUUGACUCCAGCACCUACAGGAAACAAUCUAGCUAAUAACACGUUAAUAACAGUAGCUCAAACACAAUCUGAUUCACGGACUGCUGAAGAUCUCUCAAUAGCACAGAAAUCCAUGGAAAUUAAUAGCCCUUCAAAAGACUGUGUAGAAACUAUUAAUACAGAUAAUAGUAUCGUACAAGAAAUAGCAUCACCAUCAUAUGGGCAAGUUCCUAAUUUUCAAAUCUCUAUGCCGUCAUCGUUUAACAUUGGAAAGCCAAAUUUUUAUACAGAAGUAAAUCCAAUAAAUCUUUCGUGUAAUCAAAUAGAAAAGCAAGCAACUUCAUCUUUCAGUAAUAGUACAAAUAUUGAUGAAGAUUAUGAUACAUAAAAGAAUUGAUUAAUCAUACGGUUAGCUAAUUAAAUAAUUGUAAGCAUAAUGUGAGUAAAAAGCUGAUGGAAUUAUUGAUGAUGUAUUUAAAUACUGAUUAGGAGUGUUUAGAAAAUAACAUAGUAGUUGUUGUGUCAAUACUAAUAGUAAUAAGGUUUAAAUUUUACAGUAAGCUAUAUAUGCGAAUAGUGAUUUUCACUUUUUUUAUGGUAAAAAUUGUUUAAAUAACUUAAUUUUUUUUAAUAAUGUCUAAUUCUUUUUUAUUAAAAAUGUAUAAAACAUCGACUGAAUUCAUCAAAGACAAUUAUUUAUGUAACUCAUAAAACGACGAACGUGUAACUGUAAUUAAGUAUUUAAUUAAUUUUUAUUUACCAGAAUUUGUAAAACGUAUUUCUUUCCAUUUCACACAUUUACUAUCA